AUGGUAAUGCGGCGUGCAUUGCUCAGCACAUUGCAAUCUUUCUCCUUUGAAAAGGCGGCCGUGCUCAAUGUGGCAGCGAAACUCAAUGUCUCGAUACGCCACUUCCAUGGACACGUGAGAAAGGUGAAGUUGGCAAACACCACUGCAGGUGGACAUUUUACAAUGCCUUCGAGACGUGGUGCAUUGAGCAGCUGUGGAGAAGAUGACAAUGCCAUCACAGUGUGGACAACCGAAGAUGCUCCAGACAAAGCCCAGAAAAUAGUGGCAGCAAGCAAUGCUGAUGUGCCAGAUGCAGAGGUUGUGGUGGAGGCGAUCCAUAGCUACUACUGGUGGGAUGGCAAGGUGCACUUCGACCCUGAGUGGCGGGUGGCUGUUACUACCGUUGCACCAUUUGAGACGGUGAAGGAUGCCAUCGGGAAGGUUCACAGCUACGAUCUUCCGAUGAUGAUUUACAACUUGGCUGAUGUGCCCGAUCAACAUAUGUACUGGAAGGGCAUUGUUCAACUUUCUACACAUGAUGCAACUGAGCUUGCGGGGAAGCUCGUGGAGCAACGAGUUGUGGCAUGUGCGCAGACGACCUCCACAGGGCUUUUGGCUGUGAAGACAGUGGAUUUGGCAUCGCGGAUUUGGCACGGUUUUCUCGGGUCUCAGACCCACAUCGUUCACGAGUUGUUUGUCUGUACUCGCAAGGGAAAGACUCCACAGCUAGAACGUUUAUCCGGUCCACAGUGUGCCAGUCUAAGGUUGGAUUGGAGAACAUGUUUGAAUGAAGAGCUAGAUUGCAGAGCCUGCCUAGCCAUUCUGGUCCUUUGCGUCCUGAAGUGCAAGGCUUUGGUGGACGCAAGCUCCAAUGCAGCAGUGGCAUGGGCAGCGAUUGGCGGAAACGAGGGCUAUUUGAAAUGGCUUGAAGACGAGUGUAUUGGAGUCAAGUAG